UCAAAAGACUGACGCAUGUUAAUAACUGCCUGAGAACACCGUUGCGCCCUCCACAGACAAAGACACAACCAAACUAUACAACAAUGAUGCGGCGACAUAUGUGAUUUUGAUAACCUCUCGUCCCGACACCAAUUUCGUCAUGGGCCGUGUCAUCCUGUUUCUUUUCGCACUCCUACACAGCCUGCCACUGAUCAUCGGCGCCGAGGUCACCCAUAAAACACAAGAUCAACAUGCGGUCGUUGCUCAGGCAGAGAUAGCUUCCGGUGGAGGGGAUGGUGGCCAGUCCGCCACGGCUAGGGAGCCUGGUGCGGACCUAGUCGAUGCUGCCGUCCACGAACUUCGAAAGAUCCAAGGCCCUGCUCACAACAACCGGAAGAAGCGGCCCGGGUUUUUUGGUGUAGUCGCCCGGCAUGUUCUGGGUGCCCUGCCAACCUUUCGCUUGACUGCGCCAACGCCCUCGAGCUCCUCGAGAGCUCCCACCGGACAGCUAGCCGAGGCUAUCAAGUUGCUCGAGGAGUCAGCUGGCAAAAACAAUUCCGAUGCUCUAUAUCUCCUCGCCGAGAUGAGCUUCUACGGCAACUUCUCCCACCCAAUCGACCUGCCCCGCUCGUACAACUACUACCAGCGCCUGGCCGAUACCACGGGCAAUAGCUCCGCAAUGUACAUGGUUGGUCUGAUGUACUCGACCGGAGUCGGUCGUGCAGUGGAGUCCAAUCAGGCCAAGGCUUUGCUCUACUACACUUUCGCCGCCCUCCAGGGCCACACUCGUGCCGAGAUGGCGGUCGGCGCAAGACACUCGGCAGGGAUCGGCACGCCCAAGAACUGCGAGCAGGCAUGCAAGUUCUACAAGCGGGUGGCAGACAAGGCGGUUGCCUGGUACCGGUCUGGGCCUCCGGGUGGCAUGAGCUGGUCCGUAGAGUCGCAUCGGAUUUCCGAUGACUUUGGCGGUGUAUACGGCGAAGGCGCGAGUGUUUCGAGUGCAGGCAUCAAUGGCAUCAACGCGCGCAGCCAAUUCAAUGAACAUGCAUCCAUCGCGGACAUCAUCGAGUACCUUGACUUGAUGGUCCACAAGGGCGACUUCCAGGCGUCUUUCAAUCUUGGACGUAUCUACUACGAGGGGCAACGAGGUCUAGAUCGAGACUUGGUAGCGGCUAGGAGGUACUUUCGCAAAGUAGUUAACAAGUACUGGGUGAAGGGAGGUGGUGUCAUCGAUAAUGCGCCAUCGCAACUCGAGGUAGUUGCAAGCAAAGCUGCAGGGUACCUUGGCAGGAUGUACCUUAGGGGAGACGGAGUCGAACAGGACUUUGAAAGGGCCAGAUUCUGGUUCAAUCGUGGUAUCAAGCUCGGCGAGGCACAAUCACAGUUCGGACUAGGGAUGAUGCUUUUGCAUGGCUACGGCCAACCGAAGAACCUUGCCAGGGCCACCGAGUUAUUGAAGGCCGCUGCUGGCCAAAACCACGCAUCGGCAAACGUGCAGCUAGGAGCUCUGUACCUCGACCAGGGCGGUCCUGAGGACAUUCGCGCUGCUAAUGACUGUUUUGAGCAAGCUGCUCGGUAUGGAAACAUCGAGGCGCAAUACUACCUCGCUGAGAUGAUAUCUCACGGCGUGGGUCGCGAUAGAAGCUGUACCCAAGCGCUGAGUUUCUACCGAAGCGUAGCGGAGAAGGCUGAGCCAGUUGUGUCGUCCUGGCUAAGCGCGAACCAUGCCUACGAGGAUGGUGACAUCGAGGCUGCGUUCCUGCAAUACCUGGGAACUGCCGAACAAGGCUACGAGAAGGCACAGAACAACGUGGCAUUCCUCCUCGACGCACAAAAGUCGUUGCUGCCACUCCCAGACUGGCUUACGCGCAAGUCGCCGACCCCCAAGCUACUACAAGACCCCUCGCUCGGCCUGAUAUACUGGACGCGCUCCUCUCGCCAGGGAAAUAUCGACUCGCUGGUCAAGAUGGGCGACUACUACCUUCAGGGGACUGGAACGGAGCCGGACGUGGACAAGGCGGUCCAGUGCUAUCAGGGUGCGGCAGAUUACCACCAGAGUGCCCAGGCGCUUUACAAUCUCGGCUGGAUGCACGAGCAUGGCAUCGGACUCGACCAGGACUAUCACCUCGCCAAGCGUUACUACGAUGAGGCACUCAUGACAAAUGAUGAAGCUUACUUGCCAGUUACUCUCGCUCUUUUCAAGCUGAGGGCGAAGAGUGCAUGGAAUACCCUCACCAACGGAGGGAUUAACUCGAUUCAGGACGAGCCUGUACAAGGCAAAGACUGGUCUUGGGGCGAAUGGGUGGCCAAUUUCCUAAGGGAAGAUUAUUUUUUCGAGGAUGACGCCCACUUUGACGAGAACUUUGAUCACACCAUGCCAGGUGGUGAUGCGGCGUUGCCAGCCGAGUUGGACGAGGGACUCAUGGAGACGCUCAUCAUCCUGGGACUAGCCGCAGCGCUUGCGUUUCUUGUUUACUACAGGCAGCAUCGUCAACAGCAGCAUCGGGAGGAGAAUGCUAGGAGGUUGGGUGCAGCGAUUCAACAGCAGGCACUGCAGCAACAAGCAGGAGUAAUGGGAGGAGCCGCAGGAGCUGGAGGACAUGUUCAAGCCGAUGACAGAGGCGUAUUCCCACCGCCGGAUGACCCUGAGUUUAGGCAGUGGGUUGCUGGAGGAGUUGGCCAUUAGGCGGGGGAUAUUGAGACCAAUUGUACAUGAUGACAUUAUGGCUUUUCAUUCUAGAUUUUGCCUUGUUUUUCUGGAGGUUAUAACAUAGCAGUCGUGUCUUCACCUGUGAAAAGACUUGGAUUUUGUUGAACAGAAAGACAUGAGGCAUCUUGUACUGUCCUGGUAAACAUGACCAAGGAAUGUCUAGAAAUUAUCAC